AGCGCUCAGUCGGUUUUCGUUCGUUGACGAGUUAAGUUCACCGCGAUUCCACCUCUGAUCUGUGGAGUGGACAACGGCAGUUUGUGACAGUUUGUUUCAAAUCCGUGCUGCUGAAGCUGAAGCUGGAGCUGGAGCUGGAGCACUGUCUUAACAGCCUCUCGUUAACUAAACGCCACCGAAAAUAGGCAAACUUGUCGCUCAGUAAAAUAUACAUAUUGUAGACAAAUCACACAAAUCGCAUCGAAGCGGCCAGCAUGCAGACAGUCAUUAAGAACCCCAACUGGUGGCGUCGUCGCACCAAGUUGGAAAGAAGCCUGCUUGUCGUCAGCGGCAUUCUCUUCGUGGCCGCCGCCGCCGGAUUCGGAUUGUGGCUGAACGAUGCUCUGAAGGCGGCCGGUUCCCCGGAGAAUCCGCAGGCCACGGCCCUGCACGGUGACAGCACCACCAUCAACAAGGUGCCCAUGGGCUCUGGCCACAAGGGCAAGGCGGGCGAGGACUCCUCCAGCGACGUGUGCCUCACCCAGGAGUGCAUCCACACGGCGUCCACCGUGCUGCGCAAGAUGCGGCCCGAAGUGGAGCCGUGUGACAACUUCUACGAGUUCGCCUGCGGCACGUACCUCGAGGAGGAGAACAUACCGGACGACAAGGUAUCGAUCAGCACCUUCUCGGUGAUCUCCGACAAGCUGCAGGAGCAGCUCAAGGACAUCAUCACCGCGGAGCGACCGGACUCCGAGCCCAAGCAUUUCCUGUUGCCCAACCUCCUCUACAAGGCCUGCAUGAACAAGACUCUUAUCGAGUCCUUGGGCGCUGAGCCAAUUACUCGCGUGGCUGAAAAGCUUGGCGGAUGGCCACUGAUCAAGGGCGAGUCCUGGAAUGCGGACGACAGCUGGACCUGGCAGGAGCAGGUCAAGAAGUUCCGCACCGCCGGAUUUAGCAUGGACUACAUCAUCGACUUCUCGAUCGGAGUGGAUCUGCAGAACAGCACUAAGCGUCUUAUAGACCUGGACCAGUCGGCUCUGGCCCUGAGUCGCGAGUACUUGGUCAAGGGCUUCAACGAGACCCUGGUGACGGCCUACUACGAGUACAUGGUGGACAUCGCCGUGCUCUUUGGCGCCAACAAGGAACUGGCAAAGACGGAACUGCUGAGCUCGCUGGAGUUCGAGAUUGCCCUGGCCAAUAUCUCCUGGCCCAACGAGAAGCGUCGCAACUCCUCGGAGCUGUACAACCUAAGGACUCCGGCCCAGCUGCAGGCUGCCUAUCCGUACGUGCAGUGGGUGGACUACAUGAAUGCCCUGCUGCCGGAGGGACUGAAUGUGGCCGAGGACGAGAUGAUCAACCUGUCGGUGCCCAGUUUCUUCGAGGACCUCGGCAAGCUGCUGGCCAAGACGCCGAAGCGCGUCAUCGCCAAUUACAUGUUCUGGCGCAUCCAUGGCUUCUCGGUGGGAUUCCUCAACGAGGAGUUCCGCAAGCGGCAGCUGCAGUACGCCACCGCCCUGUCCGGUCGCCAGGAGCAGGAGGCCCGCUGGAAGGAGUGCGUGGACAUCGCCACUGGCAGCCUUGGCAUAUCCGUGGGAUCACUCUACGUGCGCAAGCACUUCCACAAGGACUCGAAGGCGAACGCCCUGGAGAUGGUCAACGACAUCCGCAGCGUCUUCAACGAUAUUUUGGACGAGGUCAACUGGAUGGACGCCAAGACCAAGGAGGAGGCCAAGCAGAAGCUGCACAGCAUGGCCACCCACAUCGGCUAUCCCGACGAGAUGCUCGACAACGAGAAGCUCGCCGCGUACUAUGCCAAGCUGGACAUCGAUCCCGCCAAGUACUUCGAGUCCUUCCUGGGCAUGAACAUCUUCGGCACGGACUACUCCUUCAACAAACUGCGACUGCCGGUCAACAAGACGGACUGGGUACGCCACGCUCGACCGGCGAUCGUGAACGCCUUCUACUCCUCCCUGGAGAACAGUAUUCAAUUCCCCGCUGGCAUCCUGCAGGGACACUUCUUCAAUGCCCAACGGCCCAAAUACAUGAACUUUGGCGCCAUUGGCUACGUAAUUGGCCACGAGAUCACCCACGGCUUUGACGACCAGGGUCGUCAGUUUGAUGUGAAAGGCAACCUGCGGGACUGGUGGCAGCCGGACACCCAGAAGGCCUACCUGGCCAAGGCGAAAUGCAUCAUCGAGCAGUAUGGCAACUAUACGGAGCGGGCAACGGGUCUGAACUUGAAUGGAAUCAACACGCAGGGCGAAAAUAUCGCCGAUAACGGGGGAGUCAAGGAGUCGUACAUUGCGUACCGAAGAUGGGUGGAGAAGCACGGACCUGAGCCCAAGCUUCCCGGACUGGACUACACCCCGGAACAGAUGUUUUGGGUGGCAUCUGGACAGACCUGGUGUGCCAAAUAUCGUAAAGAAUCUCUCAAGAUGCGUAUUACCACAGGUGUGCAUUCGCCAUCCGAGUUUCGAGUACUUGGAUCGCUCAGCAAUAUGAAGGACUUCGCCAAGGACUUCCAGUGUCCGGAGGGCUCCCCCAUGAACCCGGUUCAGAAGUGCGAAGUGUGGUAGGACCUGUUUCGACAUUGAUUGCGUGUUGGUAAAUUGUGACCGUCGUGGCGCGAUAAGUAAUAGAAUGCAUGGAAUGUCAGCGAUCAAGCCCGAUUCUAGAAGGGCUAAUCUCAAGUAGAAAUACAAAUACAAUACCAAGCGUAUUUAUGAUAAGUGUGCAUUAUGUAAAAAUCGUAUUUAAUAAAAUAUUUGUUUAUAUGUAA